AUGACCAGUACGCCUAACAAAAGACCGCAACACGCCUUAUACGAAGGUAUCAAACCUGGAGUGCUCUGCUUCAAUCCUAUGCUUCCAUUUCUGGCUAGACUUCUUGCAUACGAAGCUUUCAGGGACUACAAAACCAUUGACGAGCUUCUCACGAUCAAGCCACCGGAAGGUGAGAUGUGGCUGGUACAAUGGAAGGAACAUCUUCUUGAGACGCCAUUCUUUAGAAGUCGGUCAAGCGAGGAUAUCGAGACUGCCGGUGCCUUUAGCCAUCGACUGCCGUCACUGGGUCUACGAGCAGGAUACCCAACACCACCGAGACAUCAUGAUAUUCUGGCAGAGGGUCUUCACCUUAUGAAUCAAUUCGAAUCAGAAGCCACGCGGGUGGUCUAUGCCGGAUAUACCGACCCAAAUACGCUUGCUACACAUUACCUACUCCGAAACGGCGCAGAUGGCCAGGCAGCCUACCACGGCCAGAGAGACGAAUCUUGGUCCUUGACCUCUUCUGAGCAAUACGACUGUUAUACCAGCGCUGAAAUGAUGCACAUUAAUCGAGAAAUCCUUACGCUACGGGGCACAACCAAUAUAAAGUCCCAAGAGCAGCGUAAGAAGCUUUACGCGGAGAAGCGGAAACUCAUUGCCGAGCGAUUGCGAAAGUGGCAAAACAACCAGCCAGUCAAGCACGACGAUCUGCCAGGAUACCAUAGAGCGAUAUUUGACCGUGUCCGGUUCCUGAUGCCGGAAUGGGACCGCCUGGCACAAAACCUCUUCCUGAUUGACAAGCUACGGAGCCCUGCAGGUCUUGCUGUGCUCCAUGACAUGCUGAGUCUUUACCGGAAGCGUCGCAAUGUGGAGUAUCGGCCAGGGCUAGAGCCAGAUAGGUGCUACUGCAGAAAGAACAGUGACGGCUCUUCCUACGACUGGAGACACAUAUACGAUUGUCACAGAACAGCUGCUGCGAAAGCUGGUGGCUUUGCAGAGCUAUGCUUCCUCUGCAAUGAAUGGUUUUGCGGUAUCGGGGCCUGGGAAACUCACUGUCAACAUCGCUUGGACCACCCGGACAGCCUUCCGACGUGGUGCGAUCCUCUGGCUUACGGCGCGGUUCUCGCCAGGGCUGGCUACUGUCCGUUCUGCCUUGGAGAUGAACGAAUGCCAGCAUCUGUGCGGAUGUACCAAUUUCAGAAGCGGUGGACCUGGCUCGAUCACAUCCAAACCCACAUCAGAGAGCUCGAAAAUGCAACUAGGCCCUUGAACUGCCCACGCCUGCAUUCUCAUUGUCCACGAAGGUUUGAUUCGGUUUUGGAUUUACAAUUCCAUCUUCAGGAUGCUUUCGGUGCCGAGCGCAGUGACGAUACUAAGAAGAUGAAAAGACCGAGACAUGGGGUUAACGGCAUCCCACCUUCGAAAGGAAGAGAGUGCAGCAGUUUCGCAAUGAUUGUGAAGAAAGCGACAGGAUGGCCGCCUUGCAAACCAAAUAUACCUUUGGUAACACCUGCCCAGAUGGUAAAAAAGGCAGUCAUCUCCCGAAUCGUCAGGGCUUUGCCAAGAGUCCACGCCUUUCUGCAGCUCGGGUACUACUGA